UGCUUUGACGUCAAAUAAUGACUGGACUUUGUACCUGAAAGAGAGUUAAAACUAAAGGUAGCUGGGGAGAGAAAUCAUUUCCUCCUUGGAUUACCAAGCAAGAACAGCCACAAUGAAAGCCUUCAUUCAUCUCAUUCUUCUCGCUCUCCUUUUUGUAAACUUGGCCACAGGCCAAGACACAAGUACUGUCUUUUCAAGCACUGAACCUGCAUCUAGUUCUCCAAGCACUGAACCUGCAUCUAGUUCUCCAAGCACUGAACCUGCAUCUAGUUCUCCAAGCACUGAACCUGCAUCUAGUUCUACAAUCAAUACUGCCACAGCUACUGGAACUGGUUCCCCUGAAACUACCGUUAUAUCUUCUUCCCCUGUAACUGCUGUUGUAACUACUGCCUCUGCUCCCUCCCCAGCCAGUGCAGUCGGUCCCUCCAUAACUCCUACACCCAUUCCUGCAGAAAAUGAGUCAACCACAGACAGCAUGAUCACCGCUUCAUCUACAAAUAGUAUGUCAGUUGUCUCUCCUCUACCAACACAAAGUGGCAGUGAAACGAACACUACCACAAACAACAAUUCCCUAGUGAUUACUUCCAGGGACUCUCAAUCACCAGUGAUUUCCACCAGCACUUCAAAUCCUGGUACCACAGGUACCAGGAGACCUUGCCAAGAUAAUCCCUGUGCAGGUGGCUCUGCAUGUGUUGAGCUGCAUGAUAGCCAUUUCUGCCUGUGUUUAGAAGGGUAUUACUACCACUCUCCUGAGUGUUUGAAAGGAAAGACGUUCCCUGGGAAGAUUUCAAUGAAAGUAUCAGAUGCGCUUGGCUUGGAAGAAGAACAUUCUCAGAACUAUCAAGGCUUGCAUACUGAAGUUGUUAACUUCUUUAAGAAUAUAUUUAACACAUCUUAUGGGCAGACUAUAAUUCUUAAUGUAAGCAUAUCUGCUUCUCCAUCAGCAAGAUCUGAAAUGCGCGCCAGUGACAAGGUUGUUACUGUAACAAUAGUGAACAUUUUGCCACUAAAUACAAGUGAAACUGAGGAUAGCGUGUCUAUUUUAAUUCAAAAUGCAGCUAAUGGCACAAACUUUACAAAUUAUGUUGGGCAAAAUCGGUGUAGUUAUUAUGGUUGUGAGGAGGCUGAAGAUGGCUGUGUCAAUAGUUUGGCAUGCAAAUGCAAACCCGAGUGGGAAAGACCUAACCCACAAGUUGCUUUCUGCUUUGCCUCCAGUCCAAAAUGUCCUGACAACUGCGCCGGAGAGCACAGGCAGUGCUUGAUAAAGAAGGAAGGUGGGGCCCCCGAGUGUGCGUGCGUGCCCGGCUACAAGGAAGAUGAUGAUGGGAACUGCCAACCGUGUGCAUUUGGCUACAGUGGCCUCGACUGCCAAGACCAAUUUCAGCUGAUCCUCACCAUAGUGGGUGUCAUCGCUGGCGUCCUUAUACUCAGCAUGGUGAUUGCCUUGAUCAUCACAGCAACAUCAAAGAACAAAAAGAAUAAUAUUGAAGAACAGAACUUGAUUGAGGAAGACUUUCAAAAUCUGCAACUGCGGCCUUCAGGUUUCAGCAAUCUAGGAGCAGAGGGGAGCCUCUUCCCUAAAAUCAGGGUAGCAACCUCCAAAGACAGCCUGACACCAAAUCCUUACGUCCAGUCAAAUAUACCCCACCCUGACUAUUAGAAUGGUAAAAAUGUGGACCCCUCUAUGGCCCCCAACCUAACCUACAAGCUGUUAUUUUGAGUGUUCAGAAAGACUGAUGGAGAAGUGAGCCCCAGUGACGGUGUGGCCUCCGACAUCUGCAGCCUCUCCAAAUGGAAGUUGUGCAUGUUUGCAAUGAAUAUAGCUUGCUUGCUCAAUAAGUAUCUGUGAACCUGAAUGCACACAGAUGCUAGCAGCACUUGUAAGAUAGCAGAUUUUAUCCAAUCAGUACAAAGUACUAAGACCAUGGUUGGGCUUUUUUUCCUGGUGAAGCAACAAUAACCACUUCUGAUCUAGAGAGAAGUUCCCCAGCACAUUCACUCUUGGGAGAUUAUUGCUCUUGAGGGGAUAGGCUACAGAUGAGUGACAUAAUUCUCUGGGGAGACUCUUAUACAUCAGCUGCGGAGGUCGCAGGGGAUGAAAAGAGAUACCAUCUUUUCAGGUUCUGGGGUUCACUCUCUGACGAGUCAAAACAGGAAUAGUACUUGUGUCCCUCCAAAUGCAGCUACCCUUGAACUGCCAGUUGCUUAUGACCUGCCCGCACCCCAAGAAGACAGGAAAGAGCCAUGUCCCUCAGCUUUUCCAGGAAGGGUGACAGGGAACCCAGGAACUUUUUGAUGUUAAUUAGAAGACCUAGAUGUUAAUGAGAAGACCAUGGGGUGCAUUCUAGAGUUUUCAAAGUGCUAGUAGGUAGAAGGAGCAGAGAGAAAAAAACAUGAGCAGAGAGAAAAAAAGAAGAAGAGAAGCAAAGGCAGCUGGGCUGGGAGGAUAUAAAGGAAGAGGCACCUGGGAUCCACCUCCUUCCUUGGCUCUCCCUCCUUGAUGAGCAAAUGGGCACUUCGUCUAAUCCAUGCCCUUCCCAAGACUGAGUGUAGGAACAGGUGUAGAAACAAAAGCCCCAGAAGUAAGAGCUUUAGGUUACUUUGGAAUUGCAGACAUCCUGUUUGGUUGAGGGUGAAAGCGGGAGCUGGUGCUCAGGAGUCUGUAUGUCCAGCUUUGUGAUGCAGAUUCCAGAGGUACUACACUGGGGCCUCAGCCUUCCCUGGUGACAGAGGCUAAGCUGUGGCUGCAACCCACAAACACACACACAAGAAUGGGGCAACCACAUACAGCAAAGGCUUUUUUUUUUUUUAAUGUUAAUAGUGUCCUUGUUUGCGUCUAAUAUCUGGUCCUCUUGGAAGUUAUUUUAUUAUUAUUAUUAUUUGUUCUUGACUGUUAAUUGUGAAAGGUAAUGCAAAUAAAGUGUCUUUAGUU